AUGUCUUGUAGUACGUCGACAGAUAUUGAAACCAAGUUGACAUAUCUACAAUGGCAAACCAGCUACACCGAGACUCGACCAUAUCGAAUUGCCCAAUUUGGCCGCAAAAAGACGAAAAAUGAGCAAAAGAAGCCACAUAACCUAAUAUUCCAGAAAGGAGAAGAUACCGAGAUUAUUCAAGAUAUCAGAGGAAUGAAAGAAGAUCAGAAGUUCACUCUCGAGGAAAAUGGCUUUGUGUAUCGGAGGUACCCUCCGCCCUGGUCCACCACACCAAAGGAUUACUGGGACCCAGAACAGAUUCGAAACAUCUUUCUGCCGGAAUGUGAGGCAAUCUUGAGAAAUGAAAUCGAGGGUGUUGAUAGGGUGUUGAUCUUUGAUUGGAAAGUGAGCAACAGCAUUUUACAUCCAAGUUCGGAAAAGGAAGAGCGCAAAGGAGCGACGAACUAG